AAAAACUUGCAAUUUAGGUUUUUUUUUUUUAAGAAGAAAAAAAAAAGUAUCAUGUCUCACAUAGCAGUGGAGAGAAACAGGAGAAGACAAAUGAAUGAAAAUCUCAAGGUUUUGCGUUCCUUAACUCCUUGUUUCUACAUCAAAAGGGGUGAUCAAGCAUCAAUAAUAGCAGGAGUGAUUGAAUUCAUCAAGGAAUUACACCUUGUUCUUCAAUCUCUUGAGGCGAAAAAGCGACGAAAGAGUCUAAGCCCUAGCCCUGGUCCUACUACUCCAAGGCCAUUGCAACUAAGUCCUACACCUGAAAGUAGUCCAUUUAUUACUCAUAAUAAUAACUUCAAGGAACUUGGAGCAUGUUGUAAUUCUCCAGUGGCUGAUGUUGAAGCAAGAAUAUGUGGGUCAAAUGUUAUGUUGAGAACAAUUUCAAAGAGGAUUCCAGGUCAAAUUGUGAAGAUAAUCAAUGUGCUAGAGAAACUUUCUUUUGAGAUUCUUCAUCUCAACAUCAGUACCAUGCAGGAUACUGUUCUAUACUCCUUUGUCAUCAAGAUAGGACUGGAGUGCCAACUUAGUGUGGAAGAGCUAGCACUGGAAGUUCAAAAAAGCUUCACCUCAUCUGAUGUUUUAUGUAUCAACGAGAUAUAGAUCAAUUUACAAAAUUAAAUAAUACUCUAGUAAUAUCUAGCUAAUUAUGUACUCCCCAUCUAAUAUUUAUCUUCUUAUGCUUUAUUGCUAUAUAUCUUUUGGAUAUAUGUAUACAAAGUGUAAGAAGAUAAUUUUGGAAUGUAACAAAUAAUUUCCAACAUUUUAAGGUUGGAUUUAGUAUGUGAAAUGUUGCACUAUUAUAUGACUAGAUAUACUUCUGAAUUAGAAAAAUUUGAGGAUAUAUAUUAAUACGUACUAUUAUUUUAUUUAUAUAUAGAAAGAUAGACUUUAUCUUUG